AUGACCUCCCACAAAUUCAUAAGCUGUAUAUAUUCCCGUGAGCGGCGGAUUACCAUCACCAAGUUGAACUGCAACAACUCACCGGAUGUCAAGCUGCACAAGCACGAGGCCGCAACAGACAAGUCAUAUCUAUCAUCAAAGGACCAUCCAGCUUCGAAAAUUUUCUCUUCAUUCCGCCACCAUCAGCCUCUAAACCUUCUUUUCUCUUGCUUUGGUAAAUCUUCGAUCAGUCUACACCAUCAAGUCCAACUUGCCAAGAUACGCCGAGGCACCUUUUGGUACUAUAAAGAACUUUGGAUGAUGACCAACAAAUCAAAUAAGAAGAAGAAUUCUCCGACAUCUCGAAUGUCUACUGGGACUUCUCCGAAUGAUUCGAAGACAGACAACAGUCAAUCACAAGGUCCUAGUCUACCGCCGCAGCCAUUGCACCAGCCUCCUCCACCUACCGGUCAACCGCCUUUCCAGCCCCCUCCUCAAAAACUUGGGGAGACGCUCAAUGCUACCUACUUCAAGAUUCAAACGUUACCGGACAACCUUCAUUCAUUCCUCGAUCACGACUAUGAAGCAAAGCAGAAAACUUACAAGAGUAUUGAUUAUUACCGAAUCUUGGCACACUUUGAUCCGGCAACCUUGUCUCGUCCAAAUCACAAAAAGGAUAAGUUGAUUGCAGCCUUUACCAAACAUGUUCUACCUCUCAUCAAGCCAUAUCAACAACCUCCACCUCCGUUACCAAUGCAGACCGAUAAACCUACUAGAACAGACUUCAAUCCCCUUUCUAAAAGGGCUAAACGAGAUGAUCUUAUGGGAGUUAUUUGGGACGCAGAUUCCUCAGUUGUUAUACCCAAGGCAGCAACAUCGAACGGUCUACUUUAUCUGUAUCGAGAGCAUGUCGACAAAGAUCUCCAGAUCCCUGGCGAUACCCCAUUCAUCAAGCCUCCAAACGUUGUUCGACGUGCGGAAGUCAAAAGCCUUCUCAUGGAAGAGCUUCGAUUAACCUUACAAGAUCGGGCCCCGCAUGUCUUCAUUCAUUCCACUCCCAUGAGUCACCCUGUUCUUGUCAACCUCUACAUCAAAUUUGUUCUCGAUGAAGAGGUUCAGCCUGGGCUCUUGGUCCGUGGAUUUCAUUACUCGCUUUUGCGCAAAGAAGCUUGA